AGGCGAUCCACGCAGAGCCCAGGAAUGCUCUGGGGAGCCGUGCAAGGUGACAAUGGGCUCUGCACUUUGAGUCUGACGUCGCAGGAGGAGCCGCAGGCCUCCCGCUGGGGCUCAGCGUGGGCCCUGGGGAGGCUUUGGCUCCUUGCAGGCUGCUCCUGGGCCCGGAGAAGCAAUACCUGCUCACCCUGACGUCAGGCUUCCCACGGGAUGCACGGAUCCUCUCCAAAGCCUCAUCGUAAAGAGAUGUCACGUUUAAUGGCUGCGCUCAUCUCACGGCUCCUGUGAGCCAGCAGGGCAAACAGCGCAGGGCUCGGCAGCAGCUGGGACAGCUGGAGGUGCUGGUGGGGCAGCGGGGUGCUGCUUCAGCUGGAGGUCAGGGUGUGAAAGGAGAAGCAAUGGGGCCCAGCUCAGCUCUCCAGUGCAGCCCCUCUGGGCCUCUUUGAUCUCUCUGGGAGUAAGAGAAGAGCUGGCAGCUGAUUCUAGUUUUGUGUCAACAUUUCCUGUCAGGCUCCAGCAGUCAGGGCUGGUUAACCCUUCCUGACCUGAUCUGAGCGCUCACAUCCUCUUGCUGCAUCCCUCCCAUUCCUGCAAGAGGAACGGUCUGUGAGGCAAUGUACCAUAAGAACAGAGCAGUCAGUUGUACACGUUUUGAACGCCAGAAGCACAGUCUUGUGGAGGCUCUGCGAGCCCUUCCUGCUCUGCGAGAGCCCUGCAGUCCUCAGAUACUGUAAAGUUGGUGUGAGCCUGGCUGGAAAACCAGUGCCAGGGGACUUGACAGUGGUUCACUGUUCAGCUGAAGGGAUUUAUCAAGUUAGUGCCUUGUUUUGGCUUGAGUGGUGGAGUCAAGAAUGGCCUUAUUGAAUGUGCGGAUGACACGGAGCUGGGAAUGGAUUCGAGAGCUUUGAGGGCAGGAUUAGGAUCAAGGCAAACUCAACAGCUCGGCCAAAUGGGCUGAAAGAAGUGUGGUGCAGCUCAGUGAAGAGAAAUGCAGAGGGGGCUGUUGAGGGGAGAGGAACCAAUCGCCUGAGAACUGAGCAGGAGAAGGUCCAGGCCGUGUCUUGCAGGACAGGGUCUGGGAAUGGCACUCUCCGGGUCCCUCCAGAGAGGAUUGCAGGAGAAGAGGUGGGCAGAGCAGACUCAGGACUUUCCUUUUGUUUCUGGCAGGGAUUUUGAGGCAGCGUCUCAGCAGCUUGCUUGGGUUUGCUUGCAUUCUUUGGGUUUCUGUUUGCAAGGUGGGUUCAGCCGGAGGUGUGGUUUGUAAACUCUCUGUGACAGCCGUACUCAGAGUUUGAAAUGGUUGGAUUUGGUUUGGAUGACGUCCAGAAGGAGCUCAGAGGCACAACCUGCACCUCCCUGCUGCCCUGACCAUCAGAGGGUUACAGGACCCGUCUCAGGAUCCUGCAUCUGAUGAAUUCAGUUUGUUAACCUUGUAUGAGGCACGAGGACAAAGCCUGAUUGAUAUUCACGGUGGCACCUAAGAAGCAGACGCUGAUGUUAGUCUAGACCCUGCUUUGUGACGUGGCUGCUGUGGCUCCGACGUGAAGCAGUAUGUGUACGGAGGCUGGGCCUGGGCCUGGUGGUGCAUCACAGACACCCAGAGACUGUCUUUGGAGGUUAUGACCAUCCUCUGUCGCUGUGAGAAUAUUGAGACGUCGGAGGGGGUCCCACUGAUUUCCCUAGAGAUAAUGACGUUACAGCCCAGGUGUGAGGACGUAGAGACGGCGGAGGGGGUAGCUUUAACUGUCACAGGUGUGGCACAGGUGAAGAUAAUGACCGAGAAGGAGCUCCUGGCUGUGGCCUGUGAGCAGUUCUUGGGGAAGAACGUGCAGGAUGUGAAGAACGUGGUCCUUCAGACACUGGAGGGGCAUCUGCGCUCCAUCCUAGGAACCCUGACGGUGGAGCAGAUCUACCAGGACAGGGACCAGUUUGCCAAGCUGGUGCGGGAGGUGGCAGCUCCAGAUGUGGGUCGCAUGGGUAUCGAGAUCCUGAGCUUUACCAUCAAGGAUGUCUAUGACAAAGUGGAUUACCUGAGCUCCCUGGGGAAGACUCAGACUGCGGCUGUCCGAAGGGAUGCAGACAUUGGUGUGGCAGAAGCUGAGCGAGACGCUGGCAUUCGGGAGGCAGAGUGCAAGAAGGAAAUGUUGGAUGUCAAGUUCAUGGCAGAUACUAAAAUAGCAGAUUCCAGGCGUGCUUUUGAACUGCAGAAAGCUGCCUUCACCGAGGAGGUCAACAUUAAGACAGCUGAGGCCCAGCUGGCCUACGAGCUCCAGAGUGCCCGGGAGCAGCAGAAGAUCCGCCAGGAGGAGAUAGAAAUCGAGGUGGUGCAACGCAAGAAGCAGAUCGAUGUCGAAGAGAAGGAGAUCAUCCGGAAGGAGAAGGAGCUGAUAGCCACUGUGAAGCGGCCGGCUGAGGCCGAAGCUUACCGCAUCCAGCAGAUCGCCGAGGGGGAGAAGGUAAGGCGGGUCCUCCUGGCUCAGGCGGAGGCAGAGAAGAUCCGCAAGAUCGGAGAAGCCGAGGCCUUCGUGAUUGAGGCCAUCGGGAUGGCAGAGGCUGAGAGGAUGAAGCUGAAGGCCGAAGCGCUCCAGAGCUACGGGGAGGCCGCCCAGCUGGCGCUGGUGCUGGAUGCGCUGCCUGAGAUCGCUGCCAAAGUGGCUGCUCCGCUCUCCAGAGUGGAUGAGAUCGUCGUCCUCAGCGGGGAGAGCGGCAAUGUGACGUCCGAGGUGAACCGCCUGCUGGCCGAGAUCCCCGCCUCUGUGCGUGCCAUCACCGGCGUGGACCUCACAAAGAUCCCCCUGAUCCAGAAAGCCACUGGAGCCCAGGCAUGAGACCCAAAGCGCGUGAAGAUCACUCCCUGUUAUGCACUCCGACAUCAACUGCCUUCGACACUUGGGAAUUCCUUUUCUAUCAGAGACAAUUGGAGUUUCGUUUUUAAGCUCUGGUGCCUUAUUUUGUAGGGCCAGAAAGAUGCAUGUUCAAUCAGCCGCUCUUUUUGUUACAAAGGGUGGGAGGAGAUUUAUUUUCUAACUAACUGUAUAUUGUAUCCAGCCGGUGUUUGGCUCUGAUCCACAGUUAGGACUGGCAGCUUGUCUGGUGUUGCUGUUCUCUGUCCUCGGGGGCUCGGCGUGAUGUGUGCAGGCACCGGGACCUGCUCUGGGCUCCCUGCCCUCCCACUGCGACCCUAUGGGGCGCUGCCCAGACCCCCUCCUGCUGCCCACAAGCUGGGUUUGUGGUUGGCUUUCCGUGUCUGUCUGUCUCGCCUGCAGCCUGGGCUUCCCAGAGGUGGCAGUCCCACCCUGGGUGGGUGAUGCUGGGGCACUGCCAGGGCUCAGUGCCUGCUCCCAUCCUGCCUUCCCUCAGGGAAUUUCCUGCUGGCCUCUCGCUCAGCCCUGAGCCGGGUCCCUUGGUGCCGUGCUGCCCCCCACCCUUCGGUUCCCUGACCUCCAGGAGUGCUGCAGGGCAGCCAUCCCAAAAAGAAACGUUGUGCCAAAGCUGCUCCAUGGUACCAGAGGGAGGCAAACCACCCGGGCUGCUGUCCCUGAGUGCCACCGUGCCUCUCACCUCUGCUAGCAGAGCAAGGGGCUGAGUGGCAUGGGAUGAUGGCACGGGGCACUGCGGUGGGGACACGUUCCUCCUGCAGCUGACCUGCAGCACUCCUGCAAACCCCCUCCCACCCGGCAGCCCGUGGCCUUGCUGUCCCCAGGGGCACUGCGAAAAGGCUGUCCCCUCUGUGUCCCCUGCAGUGCCACCGUGAGCAGGCGCUGACCUUCACCCGCUCUGUGUCUGUCCCACUGCCUGUGUUUGGUGUGGCUGUGCCUAAAAAUGUGUGCAUUGAGUCCCAGCUGGUGGGACGGGGGGGUCCCGACUUUGUGCAUCAGGUGCCACAGCUCAGUGUCACCCCCUUUGCAGAGGGGUGGCUGCUGGGUACAGAGACCCAGGCCCGCUUCGCCCUGGCAGUGCCACUGGUGCUGCACUGUCCCCUCCCUGUUGCUGUACAGGGGGGCCAGGCCUUAUCAGCCCCCAGCUUGUGGCCACCAGCCCUGAUCUGGCGCCUGCCGAUGGGUGUGCCGGGCAAGGCGCCCUAUCUAUGUGUGUGUGUGCAUGCCUGCGCCGUGUCACUGCUGUGUGAUAAUAAAGCCUGUCACCUCGUGCCCUG